AUGGGCACCCGGAUUGUCGUCGACGGCCUGUGGCGGUGUCUGUGUCCCUCUGUGGAUGUCCCGGCAUUGCUCCGGGCCGUCAACGGAAGCAGUUAUGCACGGCCAACCACACGACGUGGAGCACAGCCAGGGACAGUCAAACCAGCACAUCUGGUGCACACACUGACACGCACGCCACGGCCAGGAUGCACAGCGAUGCCCACCGGGACCGCUGCCGUUCCCUUGCCAUCACCAGCCAUCCGGCCUCGUUUGAGCUGCCGUGCAUCGACGUCGUCCUCUUCCGUUCCUGGCACCGUCCAGCGCGUACACAAUGGGGCUGCUACACGUGUCGGUCGCCUAGGCCUUGUGUCGGGCACGGCCAACAGUAACGCGUCGCAACGAGCAAAUGGCACGGGCGGUACAUUGGAGGGCGAUCAUCAGCACCAGCUGGCCGUUCUUACGCUUCUCCGGUCGAGACCGCCCUAUCGACGUGAACUGGCGAGUGCCACGAACACGGCCAUCUACGCAGCACUGCGCCACCUACAGGACACCCCGGCCGCCUUCAACCGCAUCAAUGCCUUUGCCCAGUACCUGCUCGAGGAGCGGAAAGAACCACUGACGACAGCACUCUGCGAAGCGCUGGUGCGCUCCAACUGCCACGUAAAUGGCUCGGCCGAUGCCGUGCAGGACAUGCUGCAUGCGCUCAAGGCGUCCAGCAUCGAGGGCACGCCGAGUCUCUUUCACGGCGCGCUGUCGGUUUUGGCUGUCCACCCAGACUACCUCUUGCGCAAUGCCGUCCUGCGCGAGAUGAAGGAGCGCUGGAUCGACCUGGCACCCGACGGCCAGCAGAGCGUCGCGCUGGGCCUGCUGCGCGACGGCCAAUACGAGCGCGCUCUCAACCAGCUCGACGAGAUGACCGAGGCGGCGGCGACGGCCGGGGCCACGCCUGUGCCGCCAUGGCUGCUCGACAUUUACGUGUACGUGCUGGGGCAGGAGGGGUUUCUGGACGACGCCCUGCAGAUUGUCAACCACCGCCUGCUGCGCGACGGCGAUACCGUCUCCCUCAACAUCUGGUCGUUCUUGCUAGAUGUGUGCUGCCGCGCCGGCCACUUUAGCGGGCUGACCUACGUGUGGAACCGUGUCGUGCGGCCCGGCGGCAACGGGCUCGUGACGCCCUCGGACGCCAUGGCGCUCGACGUCCUGAAUAUGGCGGCGCAGCACGGCGACGCCGACUUGGCGGCGGCCGUGAUGCAGAUGCUGGCGGCGCGGGGCACGAAACUGAGCAUGCCACACUUUGAGGCGAUGCUGGACUGCUAUGCCCAGGCCGGCGCCAUCGACAAGGCGCUGCAGGCGCUGUGCAUCAUGAACAAUGCCGGCAUCGUGCCGGACCAGGGCAGCACGCGGUCCAUCUUCUUGCGGCUGACGGCGCCUGCGCCCUCUGCGCCGCGCAGUGCGAAAGACGUGCGAGACGCGCAGGCGGCCCAAGCGGCUACCAUGGAGUCUGCCGUCGCCGCACUGUUCGACCUCAAGCGCCAGUACGGCAGCGUGCCGGUGGCUGCGUUUAACGUCGUCCUUGAGUCCAUGCUCGAGUCGCACAGACAAUAUGCGACGGCAACCACGGCUGCUGUGGCGAAGAAAGGGACACAGGCACACAGCACAGAAGGCACAGCUGCCGAAGCCGGCCUCGAUCUGUACCGCCACGUCCGGCAGCUGUGCCCCGCAGGGCCCAACCGUGCGACUUUCCGCCUCCUCUUCCGCGCCUGCGACGACCCCGUGCACCUCAACUUCCUCGUGCGCGAGAUGCGCUCCUUUGCCUUCCGCCCGGACAUGGACAUGAUUGACGACGUCGUGUACGCCAACGCCACCAAGGGCUCGCUCGACCAGGCGCUGCAGUAUGUCUUUGACCUCAUCGAUGAAGAGGCCGCCCGCCGGGUGCAGCAGACCGACGCGACGGCGAGCGACGCGGGUGCCACUGGCGCGGUCGACGAGGCAAGCAUUGCGGCGCACGCCGAGAGUCUUCGCCGCCAGCCGUGGAUCAGCCGCCGGGCGGCCGCUGCGCUCGCCAGACGGUGCAUAGAAGAAGAAAACGAGCGCAUCUGGACGGUGGCCGACGCAAGCCGCGACCGCGGCCGGCCCAUGGACAACAUCCUACGCGAGGCCAUGGGCGGUGUUCACCGGCCCACGGCGGCACACAAUGCCUACGGCGUGCCCCAUGCUGUGGGCGCCGAUCAGGAGGAGCCGGAGCCAGAGGAGGGAACCCUGGCGGGGUAG